AUGGAGCAGCCCGGCCCGAUCCCUAGAACACCGACUCGAAUUCCACGGCCAAGCUUCGCGGCCUCCUCGCCUCGAGCGCCUUCUAUUCGAGCGGUCCCCUACAGUCAUCUGGACCGAGUUGGCGCGACUUCCAAAAUGGCGGGCAACUACUCUCCCUCGAAUUGGCCGUUUAAAAACCCCACCGAAAACCGUUCAAUGGAAUUGCCGACCUCAACCACCCAACGCUGCAAUCAGGGUCCCUUUGAGAGUAACAAUAACGAAAAAGUCGAGCGCAAAAAUAGCAAAAAGGUCCAUUUUAGAGAAAUGGCCGAGAAUGCGAGCGAGGCUAAUCCCACCGAGGACGUUUCCAGGAACGGCCUGUCGGUAGCCCAUACUCGCGGCGUUUCUUUCGACUCGGUCCAGACCCAGAUUUAUGCGCCCACGCAAAAUGGGAAUCGUGCAUCUAGUGAACAAUCACGGCCUGCUUCAACCCGCGGGACGUUUCUCCAGUCGACCCCGGAGAUACCAGCCCGACCAAUCACCCCCACCCCAUAUUCCGUUCUGCGAAAGGUCUCAGAAGUUUCCGAGCCCGACAACUCUGUCCUGGAGGAUAGUUCUGGUUUCAGCCGUUCUGGGAAUAAGAGACCGUUGAGUUCAACAUCCGAGUCACAGCAAUUUCAGAGGCGCACUUCUCAAGAGUCCGCCGGCCAUUCCGCACAAAACGCGGGGACACCGAGAUCAUCAUUAGGUGAUGGCGGUAUUCAUAUCGUACAGGACUCCAUCAAAUCCCACAGCAUUCCGACUCAGCAGGAUAUCGAGGGCCGGAUCCUCUCGAGACUGCACCCGCUGCACCCGCGAUCGAGGGCCAGCGUCCGCAGCACCGAGAUUCAUCAGCAAGCCCCUCAACCCCUUGCGGGGCCGAGUAGCAGUAUUCAGGCGGAGCACGGGGGUUCUGAUGAUGGUAAAUCUACAGAAAAUGUACCCGGUGGCAUCGUCAUCCUCAGGCCGGCCGGAGCCGAAGACGCUGAGGACGUGCCCGUGGCUCCCGGAAACACCAGUUUGCACUCACAGAGGCCGACAACCCUCCAGAGCGAAGCCCCCGACAUCGAGUCCCUUCGUCUAGGCCCGAGGCUCCGCCACAACCGUCUUCCACCGAGCCCCAGCACGGCCAUCAACGCCGGGCGGUGCGUACCAAGCGAUACCAGGAGGUUGUGGACGACCCUCGGCCGAUCUCGCAAGGUCAUUUUUGUCUCGGCUAUUUUUCUGGAGUUGUCCAUUCUCAAUGAAGUCGCUAGCGUCACGGCCGUGACGGCCAACCAGAUUGAGCACGGCCACGCUGCUGUCGGACUCGUGGUUUGGGCCAUCGUGAGCGCUGUCCUCGUGUUGACCUGUGCCAUGCUGACAACAUUUCUCCUUAUUCGGCACCGCAAACUCAAUAAGGAUCUCGUCUCCGGCGAAAGCUGGAUCGAGAUGCAGCUUCGAUCGCGGCCGCUCCCACCCCGGCCGCAGACUGACCAGGCCGAGCAGACCGUCGAGCAGCACAAGCAGGACAGCGGUGUCACUGAGGCCUGGCAGAAAUUUACCCAGGACCAUGAACAGCUGCGUCGUUAUGUUGAGUUUCUCGAGAGUCGGAUUGGUGUGCUCGAAGAGGGCGGGCCGAACCAACGGCAACAGCAGCAGGGCGAAGGCGUGUCUGGCAUAGGUGUGUCGAUAGGCUUGAGCCGCCACGCCACCGCCCCAUCCUUCGUCCAUCUGACGAGCGCGGGAUUCACCACUCCCAAGUUCAACACUACCGGCGGCUCUCUCUCUCGACACCUGCUCCUCCAACCAGAUGACUCGGUCGCUGAUCGCGAGUCUUGGCGAGGCAGCGGUAGUGAUGGCGAUGACACCAAAACUAGCAUUCUCACAGAUCUUUGCGAGGCCAUCACCGUGACCGAGGGUUACAGUCCGCUGUCGGCGCAGACACCCUACUCGACAAACUUCACAUCAUGGCGUACCGGGGUCUGCAUCGACAAGGACGAUGGGUCAGAGGGGUGGUAG